CGGCAAUGCCGUCCAAACUCUCGGUGUGGUACAACAAGCUCGUUGACUUCAACGUAGAGUCCCUUUUCGCCAAGCGCAAGGAGUCCGGGCCCCCUCGCACCGUCUUCGUCAACGAGCCUCUUCCCGCCGACUUUUACGACCACAAGCACCGCAUCAAGAAGGACCAUGUCUUUUCCUCUAACCAGGUCAUCACGUCCAAGUACACAGUCAUCACGUUCCUACCCCGCAACCUUCUUGAGCAGUUUCGCCGAGUCGCGAACGUAUUCUUCCUUGCCAUCGCUAUCCUGCAGUUCUUCAGCAUCUUCUCCACCGUAUCGCCUGGUCUUGUCAUCCUCCCUCUCAUCAUCGUCCUCACGAUUACUGCGCUCAAGGAUGGCUACGAGGACAUCAAGCGUCACCAGUCCGAUCGUGCCGUGAACUACUCGCAGGUGCGUAUUCUACGCGGCGGAGACUUCAACAACGAGAACCCUAUGGCUGGCAAGUCCAAAACGUUCGUUCGGGCCAUGGUGCCCAAGUUCAAGCGUUCCGGGAAGGGGAAGCCCACCGCUGGAGACGUCGAGAACUUGCAGCACGGCGCGCCGCCGGAAGGCAUUCACACGGAGGGCGCGCCCCUGAGACAGCUCCCCACGGCUGCCACCGAGGAGUUCGGUAUAGAGCACGACGACGGCGAACCGGUCGAAGAAGUCGGCGGGCUGUUCCACCACCGUGGUGCGUCCAAGAAGCCUCACUGGAAGAUGACCAUCUGGGAGGACUUGCGAGUCGGCGACAUGGUCAAGAUCAUGGACGACGAGCCUCUCCCCGCGGAUAUCCUAAUCUGCGCAACCUCCGAGGAGGAGAACGUCGCGUAUGUGGAGACGAAGAACCUCGAUGGCGAGACGAAUCUCAAGAGCCGCAGCGCUUGUGCGGCGCUGACCCAUCUGAACACGGCGCGGGCCUGCGCAGCCAAGCAAAACGCAUUCCGCAUCGACUGCGACCGCCCCGACACGAACCUGUACAAGCUCAAUGCUGCGGUCAUCACCUCUGAUGGCCAGAAGACCGCGGUAGAUUCGAAUAUGGUCCUACUGCGGGGCACCGUCCUGCGCAAUACGGGGUGGGUUAUCGGGGUCGUCCUAUACACGGGCGAGGACACGAAGAUCGUGAUGAACUCUGGCGCUACACCGAGUAAACGCAGCCGCGUCGAACGACAGAUGAACCCUCAGGUCUUCAUCAACCUGCUGCUGUUGGCGGCCAUGGGUGUGGCAUGUGGUGUCGCGGACUCUCUACUUGAGCAGCACUACUACCCUCUGGGCGCGCCAUGGCUAUACGGCGACACCCAAAGUGAUGACAACCCGAAGAUUAAUGGACUGAUCACGUUCAUAUACGCCCUCAUCACCUUCCAGAACAUCAUUCCCAUCUCACUCUACAUCUCCAUCGAAGGCGUCCGCACGUGUCAGGCGCUGUUCAUCUACUUCGACAAGGAGAUUGUCUACGAGAAGACCGGUCAGGCAACACUUGCACGCAGCUGGAAUCUCUCCGACGACCUGGGACAGAUCGAAUAUGUCUUCUCGGACAAGACCGGGACGCUCACGCAGAACGCCAUGGUAUUCCGUCAGUGCACCAUUGCGGGGCGCGUGUACAAGGGCGACGAAGUUCACAGCGAUAUCACCCGGGUAGGUGCUAUCGUCGAAGCCGAUGAAGAGAACUCGGCGGAUUCCAAGGUCGACGUGAACGCUAUUGCGCCGGCUAGCGCUAAGAGGUCGUCCGCGUCGUCUUCGACGGAGGUGGCUAACCCUCUCACUGCGUCAACUGUGAAGAAGGCAGAGCACGUGCUGGCGCACUUCGCCGACAGCGGUCUCGAUGCUGACAUCGCGGCCGCGCGACAGGCUGUCUCCGGCUCUCCCGAGGACCAGCACGGACGCAUGCUGAACGGGUUCUGGACUGUCCUCGCGCUCUGCCACACUGCGCUCGUCUCCGUCGACCCACACUCGGGAGCGAUCCAGUACAAGGCGCAGAGCCCGGACGAGGCCGCGCUGGUGCAAGCGGCGGCGGACGUCGGCUUCGUGUUCCGUGGACGCGACCGUGAGGUUCUGACACUGCAGACGCCUUUCGCGCACGACGACAAGUACGAGCGGUACGAGCUGCUGAACAUCCUCGACUUCACGAGCGCGCGCAAGCGCAUGAGCGUGAUCAUCCGCAAGCUCGGCGACCACGACGAACAUGACGGGCAGCUGUAUCUCCUCAGCAAGGGCGCGGACAACGUCAUCAUGGAGCGUCUGCGUCCUGGGCAAGAGGCGUUUAUGCGGGAGACCGAGGACCACCUCAUGGAGUUUGCGAGCGAAGGCCUCAGGACGCUUACCCUGGCGUACAAGGCCGUUCCGGAGGCACAGUACGAGGCUUGGGCGAAGCGCUAUCACGAAGCCACCGUCUCCCUCGAGGACCGCGAGGAGAAGAUCGAGGCUGUUUCGGAUGAGAUCGAACACGACCUCUCGCUUCUUGGCGCCACCGCGAUCGAGGACCGCCUUCAAGACGGCGUGCCCGAGACCAUUGCGGACCUGAAGGAAGCCGGCAUUAAGAUUUGGGUUUUGACCGGCGACAAGCUCGAGACCGCUAUCGCGAUUGGCCACAGCACGAACCUCAUUGGACGGGAAGACAAUAUUGUCAUCAUCCGUGGAGGCGGCGAAGGCUCGACACCUGUCUAUGUCCAGAUGCUGAACGCCGUCGAACAGUUCUUCCCUGAGAGUGGAAUCCUCCAGGAUGACGCAGUGGGUCUGGACGAGAACACCCUGCCACCAUCCCAGUCCACUCGCGGAUAUCCGCUUCACCGCGUUAACACCGGUGCCUCCUCGCUCGUUGGGCACAAUAACGGCGACCGGCCAGGCGGCUUCGUGCUCGUGAUCGACGGCGCUGCUCUCACAUACGCGUUGUCGGACGAGAAGCACAAGCACCUGCUGCUGAAGCUCGCGAUGCAGUGUGAGGGCGUGAUCUGCUGCCGUGUCUCUCCGCUGCAGAAGGCGCUCGUCGUGACGCUCGUCAAGGACGGCGUCGGUGCGAUGACGCUCGCCAUUGGUGACGGCGCCAACGACGUCAGCAUGAUCCAGGCGGCGGACGUCGGUGUCGGCAUCUCUGGUGAAGAGGGUCUUCAGGCUGUCAACUCGUCGGACUACGCAAUUGCCCAGUUCCGGUUCCUGAAGCGGCUUUUGCUCGUACACGGGCACUGGUCAUAUGCGCGGAACGGCAACAUGAUCGUGAACUUCUUCUACAAGAACAUGGUUUGCAUCGGCGUACUGUGGUGGUUCCAGAUAUACUGCGCGUGGAGCAGUCAAUACGUGUUCGACUACACAUACCUGCUGUUCUGGAACACCUUCUGGACCAUCGCACCGGUCAUCGGCAUCGGUUUGUUCGACCGGAUAGUUGACGACCACGUCCUCAUGGCCAUGCCGGAGUUGUACAAGCACAGCAUGAACCACGAGUACUUCGGCACGAAGCUGUUCCUCAUCUACGUACUUGAGGCGGUUGCUCAGUCUGCCGUGAUCUUUUUCCUGAUCCUCUACUCCUACAUGUCGACUUCGGCUCGUUCAGACGGGUUCGACGUAGCCCAGUACGAGUUCUCCACCAGCAUCGCUAUAUCAGCUGUGAUGGCUGCCAAUCUUUUCAACGGGUUGAACACGCACGUGUGGACUGGCUGGAUCUUCUUCGCGGUUGCCCUCGGUAUCGUCCUCGUUUGGGCAUUCACGGCUGUUUAUGCGGCUCUCGCCCCCAGCUUGAUUACUACCUUUAUCUAUGGAAACGACCACUACCUCUUCCUGUCGCCAAAUUUCUGGUUCACCAUUCUCUUGGUUACUGUCCUCUCCCUUGUUCCCCGCUACAUCGCCAAAGCCUGGAAACUCGCAUUCGCGCCGAACGACCUAGACCGCGCCCGCUGGUUGCACAAGCUCGACCCCUCGCACGACUUCACGCAAGACCGCCACGGUGGCCUCGCAGGGAUCAGCGUCGGGGGCGGGCGCAAAUCGCGCAGCCUCAAGCGAGCGCAGCGCCCAAGCCUGUUCCACGCAAGCCGCACGGACAUGGCGACGGGGAUGCGCUCCGUCAACCGCGGCUUCGACUUCGCGACGGAAGAAAACGGCGUCGCGAUGCAGCGGAUCCAGAGCCACCUGUCCGAGCGGCACCAGGCUGCGCCCACGAAGCGGCGGCGGAACCCGUCGACGCUCAUCCAGGCGUUCUCGAUCCGCCGCACGCUCCGGCGGAAGAAGCACGGCUCGCAGUCGUCGUCGUCGCACCCGCACGACGAGCUCCUCCCGGCCUCGCCGCCGCACUCGCCCGGGCACCACGACGACCGCCGGCUGUCAUAGCGCGUGCUUGCUUGCUUGUUUGCCUCGCCUGUGUCUCCCCUUGUGGACAUCUGCACUUGCAUAUUUCGUAUUUAUUAUGGGCUGCGCCGUGAGAGAUCGCCGCGCCGUUCGCCUUCACAUUCCUGUGUUACUACCCCUACCCCACCCCACACCCCCCCAUGCACCCACCCCCUACGCCCAUCCUUCUCACCCCUCGCCCCCCACACAUCCC